UAGGAUUGGAAUGAGGGAGUGAAUUUUCCGGGUCAGAAACUGGACGGGAGAGGAAAUUAACUCCGGGACUAGACGAGAGAGAAAAAAAGCAAACCCACACCAGAACGCCACCCUCCUUUACAUUGAGAUGUAGCCCGUGUGUUUAACGCUUCAGAGGGGGCGGACGUGAGACGAGGAACCGAGUGGAGAGAAAAAACAGGUGCCUGUAAACUACAAAGUGAGCCUACGACGGGGAGUAGUACCCAUGUUCAUCGCGACCUCAGGAACGUUAGCUCGGUAACGUUACAGCGACUGACUUGCAGCGGGAGUUUCGGCGUUUUCUUGCCCGUGAGUUUCGCCUCGCUUGUGUUUGACGGUGGCUGUCCCGCCAUAGCAAUCUGUUGCAUCCUCCUCCUCCUCCCCGCUGUUUGUUUAUCGCACGGGUACGAGAUUUAUUUCCACCUCCCCCCGUGAUGUUUCACUGUAUACCCCUGUGGCGGUGCAACCGUCAUGUUGAGACGAUCGAUAAACGCCACUGCUCCCUACUCUAUGUGCCCGAUGAGAUUUACCGCUACGGACGGAGUUUGGAGGAGCUGUUGCUGGAUGCCAACCAACUCCGAGACUUGCCCAAGCCAUUUUUCCAGCUGGUGAAACUUAGAAAACUUGGCCUGAGUGACAAUGAGAUCCAGAUGCUUCCACCUGAAAUAGCCAACUUUAUGCAACUGGUAGAACUGGAUGUGUCUCGAAAUGAUAUUUUGGGCAUUCCAGAGAGCAUCUCAUACUGCAAAGCCCUCCAAGUGGCCGAUUUCAGUGGAAAUCCAUUAACAAAGUUACCUGAAAGCUUUACGGAGCUGCGGAAUCUAACCUGCCUUUCCAUCAAUGAUAUUUCAUUGCAAAUUCUUCCAGAAAACAUCGGAAACCUCGCCAAUUUGGUAUCACUAGAACUCAGAGAAAAUGUAUUGACAUUCUUACCAGAGUCACUUUCUCAGCUUCAUAGACUUGAAGAACUUGACCUAGGCAAUAAUGAACUGUACAGUUUGCCUGAGUCAAUAGGCCAUCUUGUCAGCUUGAAGGACUUGUGGCUGGAUGGGAACCACUUGACAGAAAUACCUGCAGAGCUGGGCAACAUUAAAAGCCUGUUGUGUCUGGAUGUGUCAGAAAACAAACUGGAGCGGCUUCCAGAGGAGUUGGGAGGCCUGGUUUCACUCACUGACUUGCUAGUGUCUCAGAACAAUAUUGAAUCUCUACCAGAAAGCAUUGGAAAACUACGAAAACUUUCUAUACUGAAAGUUGAUCAGAAUCGACUAUCACAACUUCCAGAGAGUAUUGGCAGCUGUGAAAGUCUUACUGAACUUGUGCUCACAGAAAACCAGCUACAGAGUUUGCCGAGGAGUAUUGGAAAGUUAAAGCGACUGUUCAACCUCAACUGUGACAGAAAUCAGCUCUUGUCUUUACCUAAGGAGAUUGGCGGCUGCAGCAGUCUGAACGUCUUCUGCGUACGAGAGAACAGGCUGACGAGGAUACCGGCAGAGCUGUCACAAGCCACAGAGCUGCAUGUGCUCGACGUCUCUGGGAACCGGCUCACCCACCUCCCGUUAUCGCUGACGACGCUUCAACUGAAGGCCUUAUGGCUGUCAGAGAACCAGUCGCAGCCACUCCUCUCCUUUCAGACUGACGAGGACCCUAAGUCAGGCGAGAAGGUGCUCACCUGCGUGUUGCUGCCUCAACAGCCAUGUGAUUCAGACAAAGGCUCUGAUAAUCUUGCCCGCUGCGGAGCUGUGGAGAGCUUGGUGAAUGAGAUUGCAGACGACACGUGGAACGACAAGGCCGUGAACAGGACCAGUGUCAUUCACUUCCUAGAUGGGGAUGGCGAUGACGAUGAAGACGACGAUAAGGGAACACUACUGCGGCGGGCCACGCCUCACCCCGGCGAGCUGAAAACUAUGAAGAAAGCAGCCGAGAACCUCCGCAACGACCUGAACGCAGCCAAAGGCCUGGACUCCAACAAAAACGAGGUCAAUAACGCUGCAGACAGAGUGACCACGUCUGUGUGACCUUUACCUCAGAAAUGUCUUUUGCCUCCUGUGUGUCGUCGUGUUGUCCUGCACAACCCAGUUGCCCCUUUGCUCUUUUACCUAUGAACCCCGGUGUGGCCUACCCCUCCUGUGAUUAAACCCUAGGGUGCCUGUAACCUGUAAGUCCUGUGUAAAACCCACUCAGUCUAAUGGGGCCGCUGUGCCUUUCUUUUUAUAAAAUAACUGUCCACAGCAAUUUUCUGCACAGAGAUACUCCUUUUAAAAGACAUUUUAUUUUUUAAGUGGCUCUUUUUAACAAUCUAAAUUAGUAGUUGCACUAUUAUAAGUCUUUAUAAUGUGGUCAAACCUUUUAAAUGUAUUAUUAUAUAUAUGUUCUAUAUAUUUUUUAAAACACUGGGUGAGUACUUCUUUUUACCUUUUGGGCAAACAAACCAGGAUUUUUUUGGACCUACUGAUUAAGGAUUAUUGUACAUACUCUUGUGAAUAUUGAUACUUUUAUACUUUUUGGCAGCUCAGAUGUAAAUAAAAUGUAUAGCAAAUUUCUUAAUCAUUUACAAUUUUAAAACUUUUUUUUUUCCUGUUUCUAACUUGGUACAUUUGUCUUUCUUUGUUUUGGUUCAAAUCAAAGCAAUGAACAAAACACAGUCACUAAUGUCUUAUUCAGUCAAUAUAAUUGUCUUCAGAUGAGUGGAUGGACUUGGAUCCUUGGACUGUUAAUCUAUGAAACAUCUAGACCCAUAUUUUUUGGAUAAUAAAUAGAUUAGUUUGGUUUUAAGUACUGCACAUCAAACUUUAAUGACUCAUCUGCAACAUAACGACGCAGACGUAAUGAUGCUGUCUUAUUAUAUGUGCUGUGCUUCACUGCUUUGCAAUGUUCUGCAGAUAGAUGCCAAAAAAAACAGAUGUACUUUAAGUUUUCUUUGUCUUUAACAAAGAGUACUGUAUAGAAGUUGGAUGAGGUUUGUACCACAGUGACGGCACCCUUUAAAAAUGUAGUUGUUGAAGUUCCUUUUCAACACACUUCGCAGCUUUGCUCAGAUUCUGUUCUCGAUAUGGUACACGAACAGUUGUAUCAUUUUGUUUCUAAACCCAUUGCGAAAAGUGGACCAGGGAAAUUGGUUCAAGUGUUGGUUUUAUGUUUGUGUUUUUUUUUUAAUUAUGUUCUGAUCAAACUGCACAAAUCAGAUCUCAAGUAGGUGGUGAACCUGGGGAUUUGGAUGACUUUUUAACCACUGAUCAAUAAAAUGAG